GCCGCGCUGCAGCCCAGCUUCACGGCUGAAGCAAAGCACCAGACAAACAGCAUGUCGUUCCUCAACUAUGCGCGCGACGAGCGCAUGGUGGUGGUGGGACUGACUGCGGCUUUCGUGGGCGUCGUUGCCACAAUGCGCAUGCUCCUCCAACAAUGGCGCGACGGAACCGAGAUCAAGCCGCAGCAGCCUACCACGCAGUACAUCACGCAAGAGACCGAGGACUCGCUCAAACCAAGCACCCUGGACAUGCUCCUGGGCCAUUACAACUUUGCGAUCCGCGAGGUCGCGGCCAAAAUCGUAUGCGAUAGAGCCGUCAACGACGGCGAGACGAUCGACUACUUGCUCUGGGGAAUCACACGGCCGGACUACGACGAGCGCAUGAAGAACCUGCGAACACUUGCCUUCAUAACAGACCCUCGUAAGAAUCUCCACCUCAGCUGGAGUACUGAAAGCCUGUCGAAGCUCAAUACCGGGCGCGCCUAUUCUGCGUUUGUCCGCUCUCUUGAACAUUGCCUCACCGACCGCGCCCCGCUGGAGAAGCUCGACGACAGAUGGUUUGAUGAAUAUGGGCUUCGCGACAUGGCGGAGAAGCUCUGCUUCAUGUUCAUCUCGCAGCUCAUGCAGAAGUAUGGGCCAGACAAGUUCAUCCAGGCCGGCAUCGUAGAGAAGUGGUUAGCGAAACAGAACUGGGGCGACAGGCCUGAGGAGAGGGAGCACAACUUCUUCCAGUACAUGUACAAGACGAAUAGGAUCGUCGAAAUCAUCCAGAAAAUACAGCAGAGUGCUACCGGCCGGGAUGCCCUGGAAAAGGCGGGGCUUAUGCCGAAGACGGUGUCGCAAAGCUUCGACGUGUUUGCGUCGAUACAUAUCGAGACGGAGAUCCUGGACAGCGACAACGCAGAGCCGACGCCGCGGAACAUGGAACAGAGCCCUGAAGAGCAGAGGAUCAGACACCGACACCGCGAGGCCAUGGUACUCAACGACGGGACGAGACCAUUAGGGAGGUCGGAUAUCAUCGAGAGAGAGCAUCACACGCCACCACCCUGAGGAAGUAUGCGGACAAGUCUGUGGUUAUCUACUAUUUAGCUACUUGAAGGCAAGGCCGAUUCCCGGGGGCUCGCUGUGUCCAGGCAUACCAAGGCUCCUCCGGAGCCGUAACAAGCACAGUGAUAACGCGUCUGUCGAGGAUAGACCUAAAAUGGAGGGCAAUGAGGUAUCGAGAGAUGAGAAGGGCUACUCGACCGCUGGCACAUUGUUAUUCCAAAUUAACGGCACACAAGGAGCGACUACGCAUGUCGAGAAGCGGUUGGAAAUUGGUGGCACGAACAGCCCUGCGAUGAGCCAGGCGGACUCAGGGGUUGGGAGCAGCUCGAACUGGAAGUGGAUGUCCACGAAAAUGGACAAACCCGGGCGCCGAUAGCGUCAAGAAAGUUCUAGGGCAAGGCCGUCCUGUCCGAGGUUGGCUGGUUGGAAGUGAUCUCUGAAGCGCUGUAGAAGCGUAAAAGAAAAUAGCGUAAAAUAAGAUAAAAUAUCGAAACCAAACAGGUAGCAUUGUACCGGACUUGGAGGCCAGGUUGGACAAAUGCUGCCGACUACGGCCGGAGGAACGCGG